CCAGGAUUUAUCAACAACUGAACGUACGCUACUGCUGCUCAACUACAACAGAGCCACGGCUGUUCCUAUUCAAUAAGUAUACCGCGUUUUAAUCAUAACUGUUUUGUCGCGGCAGUGUGAUAUUAAACUGUAGUGUAACGUAGUUUGCAGUUUGUUUAUAUUCGAGGACCGAUAUACUGGAAUCAUGAAAUAGCCACACUGCUCACUGCAUCCAUGAACUGUGUUUAAUAAAGUUCUCGGUCACGGCAUGUCCUCUUUUUGCUGGAUUUUUUGAUGGGGCUUUUAAGGUUAAUGAUGCCGCCGAAGUUUCAGCUCCUGGCUCUGCUGGCCUUCGCUAUUGCCAUGAUCUUUUUGGAGAACCAAAUCCAGAAGCUCGAGGAGUCACGGGGGAAGCUGGAACAAGCCAUUGCCAGACAUGAGGUGCGAGAGAUCGAGCGACGGCACAGUCAAGAGAGGGUGAAGGAGGUGCAGCUUGAGGAGGAUGAUACAGUGGUCAUCUACAACCGAGUGCCCAAAACAGCCAGCACCUCGUUCACCAACAUCGCCUACGACCUGUGCAACAAGAACCACUACCAUGUGCUGCACAUCAACACCACCAAAAACAAUCCCGUCAUGUCGCUUCAGGAUCAGGUACGGUUUGUAAAGAAUGUGACGUUAUGGAAGGAAAUGAAGCCGGCCUUCUACCAUGGACAUGUUUCCUUUCUGGACUUCACCAAAUUUGGAGUGAAAAAAAAGCCUAUUUACAUAAAUGUUAUCCGAGAUCCUAUUGAGCGUCUGGUGUCGUACUAUUAUUUCCUGCGAUUUGGUGAUGAUUACAGACCGGGCCUACGACGCAGAAAACAAGGAGACAAAAAAACAUUUGAUGAGUGUGUCUCCGCUGGAGGGUCCGACUGCGCUCCAGAGAAACUGUGGCUUCAGAUUCCCUUCUUCUGCGGUCAUUACUCUGAGUGCUGGAACAUUGGCAGCCGGUGGGCUCUGGAGCAGGCGAAAUACAACCUGGUGAAUGAAUACAUGUUAGUUGGAGUGACGGAGGAGCUGGAGGACUUCGUUAUGAUGCUGGAAGCGGCUCUUCCUCGCUUCUUUAAAGGGGCCACAGAGCUCUAUAGGACAGGGAAGAAAUCCCAUCUAAGGAAAACCAGUGAGAAGAAGCCACCCACCAAAGAGUCUAUAGCCAGACUGCAGCAGUCCAACAUCUGGAAAAUGGAGAACGAGUUUUAUGAGUUUGCACUCGAGCAGUUCCAGUACGUUCGGGCUCAUGCGGUGAGGGAAAAAGAUGGAGAACUGUACCUUCUGACACAGAACUUUUUCUAUGAGAAAAUCUACCCCAAAACUACCUGAUAACACUGUACGCUGUGGUCAGAAACACUGGAGAGAGAGGACACUUUGUUUGUUUCUUUGACAGACACAUGUUCUCCAUCUGGAUGUGAAUGUGUAAUACGAGUACGUGCCACAGGGAAGAGUCCUGCGGCCAAAUAGCUUUUAUGGGCUUUAUUCUCCAAUGCAUAUCAUUUGAAGAAGGGUUCACAGCCCCUCGGAUGACUUUAAAAGUGACUUGAUCAUGUCAUUUUCCAUCGCCGUAGGUUUAUACAGGUGCUGGUGCUGCCACAUUUCACAGGUUUGUUUUCUUUUUUAGCCUUAUUUAAUGAGUGUUCUUUGAGUGAAUGAUGCAGUUUUACGAGUUUGUGUUUCUUAUUUUUAAAGUGUUGAAAGGGUAUGGAUGACUACUAAACAUUCUUGAACUUUAGCAAAUUAAAAAGGUACAGUUUAUUUCCAUAUAGUAAAAUGUUUGAUUUCUUUUAAAAGUUGUUUCUCGGUUACACCGAUGAGGAUGUACACUAUCUGACAAAAGUCUUGUCGCUGAUUCAAUUUUUAGGAACAGUAAAUAAUAACUUGACUUCUAGUUGAUCAUUUGAUAUCAGAAGUGGCUUAUUUAAAGGCAAAAACCUCUAGAUUAGGCUUAUUUUAUCUAAAUAAAAUAUGAUCAUGCCUUGAUUUUUAAGUAUUUAAUAAGGACAGUGAUGUCUGACUUUGCUUAGACAAAAGUCUUGUCAUUUAACAGAAAUAAUGUAGAGUAGAGAAUAUAAAGUCAUGCUGCAGUGGAAAAAGAAUGAAUAUUUGGUAUGACUCCCAUGAGCUUGGAGGACUGCAUCCUUACAUCUCUGCAAUGACUCAGAGAACUUAAAAUAAAGUCAUCUGGAAUGGCAAAGAAAGCGUCAAGAUUCUUCGAAUUGAUCUUCAAAGCCUCCUCCUUCAUCUUACCCCAGACUUGCUCAAUAAUGUUCAUGUCUGGUGACUGGGCUGGCCAAUCGUGGAGCACUUUAUUUGCUUUCAGGAACUUUAAUAUGGAGGCCUAAGUAUAAGGAGUGCUAUCCUGCUGAAGAAUUUGCCUUCUUCUGUGAUUUGAAAUGUAAUGGGAAUCACAAAUGUCUUGAUACCUCAGGCUGUUAAUGUUGCCAUCCACUCUGCAGAUCUUUCGCACGCCCCCAUUCUGAAUGUAACCCCAAACCAUGAUUUUUCCUUCACCAAACGACUGAUUUCUGUGAGAAUCUUGAGUCUAUGCAGGUUUCAAUAGGUCUUCUGCAGUAUUCGUGAUGAUUGGGAUGCAGUUCAACAGAUGAUUCAUCAGAAAAAUCUACACUGUAAAAAUGGCCGUGAUUUCAACGAUAAAAAACUGUAAAAAUGCUUCAGUACAAAUUCGUAACCUGGUUAACAGUAUGUUUCCUUAAUAUAUAUACAACAAAAAAUCGUAAAUUGACUUUCCCAGAAUGCCCUGCAUGGCACAUCACUUUUAUGCUUUUUGUUAACAUUACUAUGGAGCUUCUUAGUUGUUUCCCCAUCAGUUAUGUACAAUAGAGAUUUAUGUUACAUCUAAUGUUGAUACAAUGUUUAUUUCAUGACUUUAAUUUUAUGCGUGUUACCAUACUGGUGUUCAGUAGCUGUGUGAAAGACACUGAGCACCUUCUAUAUAUUGAUACUCUUUUCUGCUUGUGGGAAAAGUUGAUUGUGAUGAGCAUUGGUUCAUUAUGUAACUUCCUCAUCACCACCUGCAUAUGGCUGUGCUAACGUGUCUAACUGUGUAACAAAAGAUGUGUAGAUGUUGGUAAUUCAAAAUACAGACAUUUUACCUAUACAAAUUAUUAAAUAUGGUAGUUUACUGUAAAAAUGAGAAAUUACUUUUACCGUUUGUACCGUAUAAUUAACGGUAAAGUACUGGCAACAACAGCUGCUGGUUUUUUACUGUAAAUUUUACAGUAUUUUACAGUUUUACAUUUUACAAUUUUAUUUUUUUACAGUGUAGCUUCUGCCACAUUUUUGAAAUGAUCAACUAGAAAUCAAGUUAUUAUUUGUAGCUCUUACAACUGGGAUCGACGACAAGACUUCUGUCAGGUAGUGCAUAUAUUUUACAUUAUAUUUUGUAAUAUUAGAUUGUUUUGUUUCAAAAGAAUUCUACAUUAUUGCUGUUUGCCUUUUUUAAAAUCAAAACCUUUUAUCUGCAUUUUUGUUUCAUCGAUUUCAGAAAAUAUAUUUUUAUCUAAGAAUUUAUGUAUGUAAAUACUGGUCAUUACAGUUGCUGUUGGACCAAAACAUUUAAAUAUGGGAGGAUUACAAAAAAAUGUAUUAAAAAAAAUGUUUGUUUUUUUGGGAGGGUUUUUUUACAAAAAAAAAUCUAAAACCCACAUCUGCAUGUCUGUCUGUUAUUAUUUCUUGGUAAGCAGCAAUUCAUUUCCUUAACAUUUAUUUUUAUAUAUUUUAUGACUGAUUUAUCAUGUUUUUUUUUACAUAACAUGAACGUACUUAAUUUCAAAGCCUGGUACCAUUAGUUUGCUGCUUUUAUCAUUCAGAGAUUAUCAACUUUAAUUGAAGAAAAGACUGUAAAUCAAUUCAUCAAGACUGUGCCUUUUUUCCUAUAGCUGUCGUAGUUACAGCCAGUUUAAAUAUGACUUGACAUCUCGGCGUGUGAAUUGUUUUACAAUGAGAAUCGUUCACAUGUAGUCGUGCAUAGAUUGUCAUUAUGAAAAUGGAAAUGGCUUACCAUAUGAAACUGUUGAUGGUAUACAAGAGAGGAACUGAUGUCUUUUUGAAAAUGAAAAUGCAUCUGCUAAGUUCAUUAUACAAUUCCAAUGUUUAUAUAUGGACAUGUUCUUUUACUGGCUACACAUUUGUGCAUGAAAUGGGUGCUGGGUUGCACAUUUGACCCUAAAAUCUCCAACACACACGAUGAGUAGAACAGUCACUCUUUGUCAUUAAUUUUCACUCUGUACUUUAGAAAACUAUUUUGAGGAUUUGCAGGUUCUUUUGGAUGUUUUUAGACUAUCAAACUCAGUCUGUACUGUAUAUGAAAGUAGAGUAGCUUGUACAUAUGAAAUUGAUAUUGGUAUGUCGUUUUCUUUGAUUUCACAGUGCCACCAUGUGAGCCUGUGUUUGUGUUUCUCGUUUUAAAUGAAUGAGACUCUUAGGGGUUUUCUCUUUUCUGCUGACUGUGCUGAGGUAGACCUGAAAACAGGUUGAUUUUUGAAUAUGUCAGCCAUAAUAAAAAAGACUUUGAUUUGUUUA